AUGAAAAAAAAAAAGAAAACGUUUAAAGAUGAGGAGGCAGAUACGAGUAGGAAAAAUCUCGGAAGAAAUGCCCUCGGGGGACCAAAUUUUUUAUCACUCUUAUCAUUUUCUGUUGGUAAAUUAAAAAUAAAUGGUUUUGGGGAAGGCGGUGGGAGAAGCCAUAUCUCAUUUUCCGUUUCCGAAUCUCUGAGCCGCGACGUUUUUCCCGUCGUACUUCUUUAUACCCCUCUUCACCUCACCUCUCUCUCCCCCUUUCCCCCCGCGCAUCCGUGUGUUUUCUUUCCCUUUUUCCUUUGA